AUGGAGUCGGGCUCUACACUCUCCCGCUGCCGCUCGUCUCCGUGGUUGAAGACGGAGAGCAGAUCAUCCGAGUCGGCAGCCAGGAAUGUAAUGCUCCGCGGACGCCCGGACCUUAUCGCGCGCGGGCUGUUCGGAUUCAACUUCUCCCGCUACGAGGGCAAGCGCGUUGUGACUAUAGAGGGCGAGCCGGCGCUCCCGUUUAUCGCACGGUGGGCGGACAAGUACGUGGGGACGUUCCGCAGCGCGGGCGCGCGCUUGAACGCGGCGCUGGCGCACCGCACGGUGAAGGGGCUGGGGGAGAUUGACGGGAGUCAAGGCGCGUUCACGGUGCGCUCCAUUCCGCCACGGAAAGACGCGCUCACGAUGCUGAUCCACGUGAACCCUGCUUCCGCUCCCGAGAGGGUGGUGGUUCCGUGGAUCGCGGAUUUCCCCAAAGGCGCGUUCAGCGACAGCCGCAGCUACUGGCUUGCCUUUUGCCGGAAAGCGGGGGAGGGGGAGGAUGUGGGGGGAAGCACCACGGAAGGUUCCGCCGCUGCUGACGGUGGUGGCGGUGGUGGUGGUGGCACUGAUGAUGUCGAUGAUAUUAGUAUUGUUAGUGGGAACGCAAGUGGUGAUAAUAACGGGGUUGUUAGUAACGGGGGUGACAAGCUGGCGAAGGAAAAGGGAGAGCUGGGUAUCAACAAGGCGGGUGGCCUCCGAGGGUUUUCCGUUGCAGUAGGGUCAGGAGGGCCGAAGAAGCGAUUGCCUUUAGCGGAUGCGACUGUAAUGGGGACGGCGGUGGCAGCCAAGGUGGGGCCUGGAAGGAGGAAAGUUCCUAUAGCGGAUGCGACUGUAGUGGGUAUGCUGGCGCCAAGGCGGGAUCUGGACCCGCCGCCCCUGAGAGUGCGGGAGGUGGGGGUGGUGGAGGAGGAGGGAGGAAGGAAGGAUGGGGUAGGAAGAAAGGAGGGACUCAACCCUACUGCGCCUGCUGCUGGUGAUGGGGGCUCAACUGUGGGUGACGCUGCUGCUGGGGGAGGUGCACCUGAGGCUGGUGCGACUGUUGCCGCCCCAGCCGCCCCGCAGCAGACGGUGCGGCUGUCAGCAGACGGCGAUCUGUUCCCCGUGCUGCUGCUGCCGGAUGAAACAGCCGUCGUGUGGCUGCACACCUUUAGUACUAAAGGCUUGGAUAUAUCCGCCACGGGGCUCACCCCCUCGCAGUACCUCUACGCCGAGUCCAUGCGCGCCCUCAGCCUUGCCACAAGGCGUGGCAAGCGCAUUGUGCUGGACGUGCGGGGAAACAGUGGAGGCAUUAUCCAGACCGCCUAUGGAGUGGUGAGGGCGUUGGCAGGGCCUGCUAACACCCCCCCUGUCACCGCGGCCCUUGUUCUUCCCCUCUCUACAGGCGUGGCAAGCGCAUUGUGCUGGAUAUCCGGGGGAACAGCGGAGGCAUCAUCCAGGCUUUCAAGUCCCAUCACUCUAAUUACCCACUGUCACUCCGACUCUUGCUAUCCCCCUUGCAGGCGUGGCAAGCGUAUUGUGCUGGACGUGCGGGGGAACAGCGGAGGCAUUAUCCAGACCGCCUAUGGUGUGGUGAGGGCAUUGGCAGGGCCUGCUAAGACCCCACCCGGGCAGCUGCAGAUGCCGCAGCAGCUGAUGAUUGGGAACGAGUACACUGCGCGACUCAUUAAAAGCAGCGCCACUUUCUUUUACAACGCGUCGAAUUACUGCAACGAGGCGGAGACCGCGGGGUUGAAAGGACCGGCUGAUUUCGGUCCGUUUCAGGAACUACAGUAUUCGACAGACGGGCAACCGGGAAAUUAUUCUGCCCGGGUGAAGCUGAUGGAGAUGCUGACGCUGUACGACCAAUCGGAUGAUUUCAGCGGGCUGCCCAUGGUGGUCGUUUCCGACGGAACCUGCUUCUCUGCCUGCGCGGUUCUAACUCACAUUUUAAAACGGAAAUUCAACGUCCCCAUGGUGACUGUUGGAGGGCUCAAGGACCGGCCAAUCGCAGUGAGCUCGUCGUGCCUAGGCGGCACGCUCGGGUCACUCGACUACGGGAUCUCGCUGCCACUUGUCGGCACGCCAUCGGCCAACGAUCCCCGAGCUACCAAGCCUUUUAAAAUGCAGAUCGACCUGGCGUUUGCCAUGCUGCAGGCAUACGGGUCCGAGAAAGGCGACAAUCAAGGAGUGGGUAGAGGGCAAGAGAUUCCGUGCGAGUUUGAUUUCUUAGAGGCGGAUGCGCACAUUGAUUUGAGUAUGGAAAUGGUGGAACUGCCUAAAAUGCUAUGGUCUGCGGCGGCGGCCCUGCUUCAAAAGGGGAUGAGAUGA